UAAUUAAAAGCCAUGUGUGUUUAAUUAGACAGUCUGCAGUCUGAGGAGGAGAUCGUCUGUCUGUGCAUCAUGAGUUUUACAAGUAGACUUCAUGAUGCCUUUGUCCAAAAUAACCUUGGCAUGGUUAUAAUGAUUCUUAUUGAAGAAAAAUCUUCCGUAUCCUUGGCCGAUCGACUGGACGAAGUUGUUAUUAAGGAGCUGCAUAAAAUCGAACAUAAGAAUGUUGCCUUAAUAUUACGGGCAAUUGAACAUCUCAUUAGUAAAGAUGAAGACAGCAUCCAGGAACUUGUUCAUCACGGCUUGGUUGUGAAGAUGUUGAAUUGGUUUGAGAUUUCCUCAGAGCAUCUUAAAGGACAGCACAAACCACCUAGGUACGCCAUGAAUCUCAUUGAAGUUUUCUACGAGGUUGCCAUGGGGCUGUGUCCGAUCACCAUUGCAGGCAGCAAUAAGAUCCUGGAUAUAUUUUUGCUGCGGUUUGGGGCUGUUGUUUUGGAUUAUGAAGUGCCUUUCUGUCUGCGUCUAGAGGCAAUCAGAACCAUAAACUCUAUGUUGGACAGCAGUCCCAAAGAUAUAAGGAAGAAACUCUGCCAGUCAGAUGACCACGUCGGGCUCUUAGAGGACUUGGCAAAAGCGUUGACAGACAUUGGUGAUUAUGAAAUGCAGGUGGCCAUCUCUGAAGCACUCUGCAGGAUGACGCCAAGGAAGCUAAGAGAAGACUUUUCUGGAAAAUGGUUCCGUUUCAGAAGCUUUGCUUCAGCUUUUACUUCAAUUCGUGACAAAGAUUUUGAAACUGACUGUAGGACAUUUCUGAAUGAACUCAAUAGUUAUUUUGGCAACUCAAGAAGAGUCUUCUCAUUCCCUUGUAUUCAGGCAUUUCUUGAUUCAGCUGAGUUGUUCAAGCCUGAAGAUGAGUUUCUAAAGGAGUUUUGGGUGGAUUUCAACAUUGGAACAUCAACCAUUAGUUUCUUUGUAAAUGAUCCAAAGAACACACUGUGGGAGUUGAUUCACCUGCCUAAAGAUGUUGUCAGCGUGUAUGAUCUUCAAGAGUGUGAUGAUCAGAAGAUAUUGGACGUUCACAUGAGUACCCCACUCUCUCAUGGAGAGAUCACUGGCAAAAUUGUCAAAAUCAUCUUUAGUGCAGAGCACAACAUCCAAACAGCCCUGACAAGAGUGUUUCCAGAUAAACCACGGUCUUCCUCGGUCUCAAAGGAAGCUCUGCAAUUAGGGGAUUCCUCUACCAAGAUAGAAGGAACCCAGCAUGAACAAACAUCAGUGCCGCAGACAUUUGCCAGUCCAUCUUCUGCAGAAACCAAAGUCAUCCAUCAGCAUUCCCCUUUGAGUGGACCAAGCAGAUAUUCAAGAUCAAAGUCAUCAAAAGUCAAAGGAGCCCCAGGCCAAGACAUCUUUCAAUUUAAGGAUCAUUCAGAUUCUGAGGUUGCACGUGCCAAGACUGUAUUGUUCUGUCAGACGUCGUCAUCUAACGGGUCUACAAAAUCCCUCCCUGACACUCUGGGUAGAACUCCUGUUAAGAAGAAAAUGAAGGUGAUGCAUUCAGAUGAAUGGUGUCUCCGCAAGGACACUCCACUUGCUGUCUACAGCAGGAGAAAGCCCAGAGCUAAGGGCAAACUCAAAGUUCUUCCUCUUUCUUCACCCAGCAGUAAUGAGGAAGAGUUCUCUAAGUAUUCAACACCCAAACAAAGACUUCAAGGAAGGGAAAGGGUGGCAAGUGAAGACUGGCAGUCUCAAGUCAAACUAGGGAGAUCACUGAACAUGGAAUCAUCCUUAUUCAAAGAGUCUACUGCUGAUUCAGGUUUUCAAAACAAGACUCUUUCUGAAACCAGUUUACCACUAGAGGAACUUGAUAAUCUUAUUGAAGAGCACAAUUUGGAUAAAGAAACAUCAAUUCCCCAGAAAAGUGAAGCAGAUGAAUCCUCAGAGCUGUAUGUGGGUCUGAAUGAGGACACGCGGCUGCACAGACACCCGGCAUUCCAACCCAGAAGACUUUUCAUGUCUAGCCCACUAGAGGAUGCUGCAGAGCGAGUAACUGAAGCAAUUGCGGAUGAGGAGUCUGAGGAAGAGUUGGGUGCUGGUGUCAGAGCUGCGUUUAACUCCUUUAAGACUCAGUUGAGAGCACACUUUACUAGCAGGUAUAAGAAGAUUGAAGCCAGAUCCCUGCAAUCUUUAACAGACUGUCAGAGAAAUGUGACUUCUCUCUUGGGAACUGUACACAAUCAAAGGUUGGUGCAUCUGGAGCAGUUCCAGAACACAGUGGUGCAGCAGUUGACAUGUUUGGAGCAGGACUGUCUGUCUCUCAAAACCAUAGAGAAAGAGACUGUGAAUUUCUGGCAGUCGGAGUCUGACACAGUUCGGGCAUUCUGUGAUAGACAGCAGAAGAGGUUGGAUUCUCUCCUCAUCCCGCAUGUGAGUGCUGAAUCGCCAUUUAGUUUAUCAGCGAGAAGAGAGGCCAAAAUUACUGCGCCUGCCUCUCCUCAAGAUACCACUACUGUUGAUCCCUCAUAGGACUUCACACUAUGGUGUUUUUUUUUUUUUUUUUCUC